AUCUUGUGAUUGGUCCUUGAUGAAUUUAUGAAUCGUGGGCAUAAAAGGGUCCAUACUUUUCCUUUUUGAAGCUUGUGCACACUAACUGUUUGAUAGAAUGCCAACAAUGGAUACCCUCUUCACGGUGUUCUUAUUGUUGUCGUCUAAGGCCUUUUUGUGGAGGGUUUGUCAUGCUUCAUCUUACUCUCCUCUUAUACGCAGCGAUCUUGGAAGGCGACCUACUGAUGAGCAACCGCUGUCCAAGAUUGCUGUUCACAAAGCUCUUAUUGCUCUCCAUGAAUCCGCAUCCAUUCAAGCCAGCCCUCUUCUUCUGGGUUUGAAGGGCGAGGAUACUGUAUGGGUCAAUGUGGAGCUCAGUUACCCAGAUCCAUCUGAGGAUGACUGGGUUGGAGUUUUUUCACCUGCAAAUUUCAAUGUAUCAGAUUGCUAUCCUGAAUCCGGAAAAUCACAUGAAGCUCCUUGUAUAUGCACAUCCCCGAUAAAGUACAUGUAUGCAAACCACUCGGGUUCCAAUUACAUAACAGCAGGAAAAGCUAAACUGAGUUUCCAGAUCAUCAAUCAACGUGCAGAUUUCUCCUUUGCAUUAUUUACAGGUGGAUUGGAAAAUCCAAAAGUGGUGGCUGUUUCAGAUCCUAUAUCAUUUGUGAACCCUAAAGCUCCCCUUUAUCCACGCCUUGCUCAAGGGAAGGCUUGGGAUGAAAUGACAGUAACAUGGACAAGUGGUUACAACAUUGAUGAAGCAACUCCAUUUGUGGAGUGGGGUUGGAAGGGCCAUGACCCAAAGCUUUCUCCAGCAGGAACAUUGACAUUUACUCGUGGAAGCAUGUGUGGUGAACCUGCACGAACUGUUGGAUGGCGUGAUCCUGGCUUUAUACACACUAGCUUCAUGAAGGAAUUGUGGCCAAACACUAUGUAUAAUUACAGGAUUGGACAUAGGCUAUCGAAUGGAUCAGUUGUUUGGAGUAAAAUGUAUUCAUUUAAAUCAUCCCCAUAUCCCGGGCAGGAUUCGUUGCAGCGUGUUAUUAUUUUUGGAGACAUGGGGAAGGCUGAACGUGAUGGUUCAAACGAGUAUGCUAGUUAUCAGCCAGGAUCACUGAUUACUGCUGACCAAUUAAUCAGUGACCUUGAUAACUAUGACAUAGUUUUCCAUAUAGGAGAUAUGCCUUAUGCAAAUGGAUAUAUCUCACAGUGGGACCAGUUCACUGCACAAGUAGAACCCAUUGCAUCAAUAAAGCCUUACAUGGUUGCAAGUGGAAACCAUGAAAGAUCAUGGCCCAACUCUGGAGGCUUCUAUGACACUAAAGAUUCAGGUGGGGAGUGUGGUGUUCCUGCUGAGACAAUAUACUAUGUUCCUGCAGAUAAUAGAGCUAAAUUUUGGUAUUCAACAAGUUAUGGGAUGUUUCACUUUUGCAUAGCGGAUUCAGAGCAUGACUGGAGGGAGGGUUCUGAACAGUAUGCAUGGAUAGAAAAAUGUCUAGCAUCUGUUGACAGAAAACAACAGCCAUGGUUGAUCUUUGCAGCUCAUCGUGUGCUUGGCUAUUCAUCAAACAGUUGGUAUGCAAUGGAAGGUUCAUUCGAAGAGCCAAUGGGAAGAGAGCAUUUGCAGAAACUAUGGCAGAAAUACAAAGUCGACAUUGCAUUCUAUGGACAUGUCCAUAAUUACGAAAGAACCUGCCCCAUAUACCAGAACCAAUGUGUGAACAUGGAAAGAUAUAGUUAUUCUGGUACUGUAAAUGGGACAAUCCAUGUGGUGGUUGGUGGAGGAGGGAGUCAUUUGUCAGAUUUUACAGAGAUUGAUACGGUUUGGAGUUUGUUUAAAGAUCACGAUUGGGGUUUUGUGAAACUUACUGCAUUUAACCACUCUUCGCUUCUAUUUGAGUACAAGAAGAGUAGGGAUGGACUUGUGUAUGACAACUUCACAAUCUCAAGAGACUAUAGAGAUGUCUUGGCAUGUGUACACGAUGGGUGUGAACCCACCACUUUGGCUUCUUAAAAAAAGACAAUUAGAUAUGUUGUAUUCUUGUUUUACAACACUAUAAACUCAUCACAUUUGCUCAAAAUGACAGUGCACUUUGUAGCUAUGUUGGCUUUUUAUCGGUCAAAUUUAGUCAUAAUAUAUGUUCUUAUUAGCAACAAGC